AUGGCGCCGAAGCUCAGCCUGAAAACACCCCCGUUUUACACCCUAGAUACAAACCCGACAUCGUGCCUGCGCGCCCCUCACGCUCACACUCAUACCCAGUGGCCCAGACACCGAGGAGUGAAAAGCGAUCUCCAGAAGAAGCUCAGCACCGUCGUGAGGCGGGUACUCGGAACCUCGGCAUCUUUAUCCUCCUUAUCCUCCUCUUCUUCAUGUUCGAGUCCUCUCCCAAGUCCUCACUUACCCUCCUCAUCCUCUUACAUGAUAACCCCACGCAUCAUCGCUGAUGACGAUGACGACGACGAGUGUUCCAACUACGGCGAUGUCGAAGACAACGACAUCAACAAUAAUAAUAGUAACAACAAUAACAAGAAAAAUGCAGACAUCCACCGCACGAAAAGCAUCACAUCCCCCAGCUCCCUCUCAAGCGCACAUUCGUACUCGUCUCUGGCCUCUCUAAACCCAUACACCGCAGACGCAGCAGAUGUAGCGGCACUUCUAUAUCCCUGCCUUCCUCUUCCUGCUACUCCACAACUACACCGGAGGACGACAGAAAGGAGAGCAGGAGAAGUCAAGCGGAAGCCGAUAACAAUAGAAAGGAUACAAAUACCACCUAUCUACAAUAAACAGUACACAGAAUACAGACAGGAAAAGAUCGACUCGGCGCAUAUAGCGCGCCUAGUAGCGCGGGAGCUAGACCUCGCGCACGCGGCUGUCGUCGCGGAAGAAGGUGUCGCGUUGCGGGCGUUGAAGGAUCGGACGAGGCUGGAUUGGACUUCGUCGGUACCUGGGAGUUAG